AUGAGCACCUUACCCAGGCAGCGCCUAACUAUCCUUCCCUUUCAAGGCUCAAUUCGCCUUACCCGCUUCCUAUCGACCUCCCCUGUCCUCCAAGAUGCCCGUCACUCCGAUCCGAAGACACCGCGGAAACCCCACGACAUCGAUCCCCGGUGGCUGACUACAACCAAGCGACGAAUUGGGAAAUGUAUGAUGUUUGGGCUGAAGCCGCUGCAGAUCCAGGAAGCAGGGAAUAUACUAGAACAAAUCGCGAGGGAUUGGCGGGAGUUAAUUGCCGGCAGCGAGGGUUAUCUGACCGAUGCGACGCGGAGGGGGUUGUUCAGACAAAAUGUCGCUUGGGGGGAGAUGAUAUUUCCUUGCCAUGUAAACAAUGUCACCUAUGUCCGAUAUGCCGAAACGGCGCGAGUAUACUUCACCCGCAACUACGCGCUCCACAUUGAUCCUGCCCACAAGAAGGAGUGGAUGAACCUCGUCAGCUCACGCGGGAUCGGGCUCAUCCUGCGUAGUAUCAAAAUCGACUACAAAUUUCCCAUGACCUAUCCCGACCAGGUAACGGUCUACCAUAAACUGGCGCAUGACCCCGAAUCACCGCAUUCCGCUCAGCAUGCGUUCUUCCUGCAAGCCAUCAUUCUCUCGGAGUCUCGCCAGCGACCCGCUGCUCGGAUCCAUGAGGACAUAGUCACGUACGAUUAUAAGCUGGGGAAGAAGACAGCGUUGCCGCCGUUCUUGAUGGAGCAGUUCAAGUCCACGUGGGAACUUCAAGAGCAGGCUAAGAAGUUCUGGCGAGAACGCAUACUAGAAAUCGAGGAUCGGGUUCGGACGCUGGAAGUCGAAAGCUGGGAUAGGGAGGACGCUGUGGAGGAUACGGGGUCGGCGAAGCAAUAG